AUGCUGGGAGCGAUUCUCCUUGCGGGAUUCGCCCCAGCUGCUGGCGCAAAGAGUUCAACAGAGCUCGAGCGCGAGGUGGCUUCGCUUGAGAAGGAGGUUGAGGCCUCCUUCAAAGAAGCCGUCGGUGUGUCCGCCAAGGGCAAGUCCUCCUUCCAGAAAGCGCUCAAGGAAGGAGAGUCCAUCAAGAGCUUGUUCGAGGAGCUCAAGUCACUUUCGGAGAAAGUGGCUGGGAGCUUCAACGAACUGAAGGAUCUUGGACAGUCUGUAGCAGAGAAGCUAAGUGAUGAAGAAGAGGCGCUGGGCGAGGCAGCUGUGCAGGCUUACGAGCAAGCUGAAGAGGCAAGCGCAGUCAGGAAGAACAGCGAGAAAACAGCAGAGCUGUUCGCCAAGGGCGACAAGUUGCGAAGCGAAGUGAGGGUGAAGGUUCAGAAGCAGAAGGACUGGCAGAAGAGUCUUGAGGAACUGAAGAAGGCCGAGAGCUUGUUUCAAACGUCUCUCAAGACCAACCAGAAAGCUGUGACCGACAUCAAGAGCGCCAUGGCAAACGUCUCGCUGGCCUCAGCGUCUUUCACCAAGGCUGUUUCAGAGAUGAACAACGUGAAGCUCUUCAAUGAGGCAGGAAGCCUUCCCAACGCUCAGUCUUCCCUCGCAACCAUCAAGAAUGCUGUCGAGCUCAACAAGAAGGCUUCCAACCUCGCCAAACAAUCAGUGGGGGACAGUCAGCGAGCCAACAAGGUGUUGAAUGACGCCAUGAAGAUCGCCGUCGAAUCCGGAAAAGUAGGGCAGGAGGCGCUGAACAGCCUGACGAAGGGCAACAGCAAGCUCAAGGAGAAGUCGUCGAACAAGCUGAAGGAUGCUCUUGCCAUAGCUCAGGCUUUUGCUUCCAAGGCAAUUCUUACCAGGACCUUGACCACUGCUUUCCUUGAGACCCUAAAAGAUAGUGAGAAGAAUGUGAUGGAGGCUAUGAACAAGUACGCGCAAGCUGAGAAGUCAGGAAUCAAGGCAGACAAGGUGUAUGAGAUGGUCAAGAUUGAGGCACAAAAGGAGCAGGACGAGAUCGCCAAGUACAGGAAGAACCGAAGGAUGGAGACCAAGAAAGCUGCUGAGAUGACGGCAGACACGUCUCCUCCCCCCCGCCAACCAUCCAAGGCAGCACCAGCUCCCGUCAAGAAGGAGUCUCCCUCCCCGCCGCAGGUUAAGCCGUCGGUGACUCUUCCCAGCACGGACUCGCUGAAGAUUGAAGCUCCUGCUCCUCCUCCCGCCCCCAAGGCUCCCAAGCUGAAGAAGCUUGCGGAACCAGCGGCUGCUCCGGAAACGUCGGACGCUCCAGCCCUGAAGCCCAAGGCGACUGUGAAGGAGCCAGCCAGGGAGUCAGCUGGACCCGCGCUGACGUUGGAGUAG